UAUAACCCUUAUAUUCAAUGAAAAUGUCAAAGUUUUACCCUUUUUUACUUAUUUUUUCAAACAUAUUUCUAGUAAAAUCUUCUAGAAACAAUUGUGACAGAGGACCCAGUACCAAUGGAAUGGGAACAGUUCUCUUCACCGCUGCCGACGUCUACAAGCAGUGCUGGUCACCCGACGAAAUCGCAAUUCUCACCACCAGAAUGAUUUUGGAAGAUAUUCUCCCCGAAGUCACUGUCCUGAAAAUCGAUAGCAACGCCUUCAUCGACGAUAUUGUGGACUACUUCAGAUUGCUGAUAGAGGUGGUAAAAGCUACCACGCAAGGUAGGAAAAGGCACAUUACACUUCUGGCUCUAACGGAUUUACUCGGCGGGUACCUUCAAUUCGCGGUUCUACCGAUAGCAAGACACGCGUUUUAUGCAGGACACGUAGAUUUCACCAGCAUGGUGAGAAUCAUCCAGCUCUUUGAAGAGCUUAAGUGGUUCCUCCGCACCAACGGGCAAGGUUGGUCCAGACCCAUCGAAUCCAAGCCGGUGAUUCAAGUGGAACCAAUCAAUUUAUCGGAAGAAACCCCAAAAGGCGACAGAAGCUGCUGCGACAGACUCAUAUUCUACGAAAAUGAGAGACGAAAGGAGACGAACUGCUCAGCCACCCAAAUGGACGUUUUCUUUCCAAUGCCUUUCUUUGACUCCAAAGUGAGACCCAGUUCCAUAGCGGUUCCGUUUAGGAGGUUCGCGCUGAGGAACAUCGAAUCCAGAAAAGCUUCCUACUUUCUGUUGAAGUUCUUCAUAUCGGCUAUGCAAUGCAUGAAGGACAAGCGGUCAGGCAAAGAAGCGAUUAUUAAGUUCCAAAACAACCUCUUUAGCUUCAUAGAGAAAGAAGUAUUGCCCAAACUGAACGACGAUAAGUUUUACUCCGCCUUUGGAGGUAUCCUGAGAGUGGAGGAGACUUUGAAAGCUCUGGGGGCGAGGGCUAACACCGAAACUACUUGCGCCCCAGAACUCGAGGAAGAAGUCGGCGCUAUGCCCUCAACUCCACCCCAAAAGACUUCUAAAUCCACCAUUGUUAUAGUGGUAAUGCUGGUGACGAUUAUUUUGUGGUUUAUCCUCGGCACGGCGUUCAUCUGUUACAGAAUCAGAAAAAACCAGUCGAAAGAAAAGAGCUCCAAGCCAAAAAAGCCAAAUUACAACACCACCAGCAGCGGAUCGAGUAAAUGGUCGCUAUUUUCAAAAUCCUCCAAGUCCGCCGAAAAAUCUGAGGAAGGAUCUCAGAAAUAUUCUGCCUCACAAACAUCCAAAACAACACCUUACACUAGCUCCCUAACCAGCGAAUACGAAGCGGAAGAGCGGAAGAAGGAAAAAACAUAUAAGAGCCCGGUCACAGUAUGCUAUCCUCCGUACACUGCUCCGUACGGAAAAAGUACUAGCAAACCAGCUAUAAUCGAAACGAAAACCACCAUGAAGAAGCUCCCGUCCAUAAGCGAAAUCACUGAAGUGUCUACCAUCGAUAAAGAGGCCAAAACCAAGGCUUCCAAAAUUCCUAUAGGAGAGCCUUUGUACAGCAGUAGCAGAGAUGACGUUAGACGUGUCAGCUUCAGCAGAAGACCUUCGAUAGAAAUAUCCCCCAUUCCAUGUCCAAAACACGCCGGGACGUCUUUCUCAACUUCAAGGACGCUAACCGUUCAGGGAAAAGACGUCGGUGUGCAACCCUCUGCUGAUAAAGUACACAUAGAUGAAUGCUGGUGUGAUUUAUACGAUGCACACGAAAGAGGGCGUAUGAAAAAGAAAGGUGUCUCAGAUCAGAACAUGGAAAAAAGCAGAGACGAAGCCCUGAAAUCAGCUCUGAUUCCCGAAGAUCUGUGGACACCAGAAGAAAGUGGUUCAAUUCACGAACAAGCAACAGUAACGGUCGAAAAAAGCAGGACUCAAAAAGAGAAGAAUGGCACGAGUCCAAAUGCUUCAAAAAAUCAUUAUGCUGCAAAGAGUCAAAAUGCCUCAAGGGGUCAAACUGCUUCAAGGAGUCAAACAGCGUCAAGAAGCCAAAAUGUUUCUUCAAGGAGUCAAACUGCUUCAAGGAAUGAUCAAAUCGGCGAAAAAAGUAAUAAGAGAGCCGAUCAAAGUAGAAGCACUGAGCUAGAGCAACUGGAAGAGGAAGACGAAGACUAUUCAGAAAAUAUUCCGUCCAAAGAACGAUCACAAAACAUACCAACUUCACAGACAAGUAACGAAAACAAAGGAGCUGUUUUUUCAUCUGAACCAUCCGUACAGGAAUAUUCGGUGGCCGAGGAGGAAUCGGCUACUGAAAAAUCAGCUGCUGAGAAUUAUGUGUUGGAAAAUGAAGUUCCGGAUUCGACUGAUGAUACCGCAACAGACGGACCUGGGGAAACUUCUCCGCACAUUUUUGCCUGUCAUUCAAGUUUAACAGGAGCUUACGCUAGCCCGCACCAAGUGGCAGGUCAGAAACAUUAUAUUUUCGGAUAUGACUUUCAGACAUCUUCUUCAUCUGAUAUCAGCGACGAAGAAACUGACAUGAAAACGUCAACUUCGAAAUGAACACAUUAUACAGCGUGAAUGAUGUCGAAUGGUAUGAUGAAAUAUAUUUUUCAGUAUGUUCAAUAGGUGGCGUUUGAAGUAAAAACAUGACAAAACUUUCUGUGAAUACGUUUCCAAAACCAAAAUCUAAUGAUUUUUCGCAAAUGUUCUUCGAUCUAAAUGAUCAAAUAAUUGAAAUGCGGGUUUUUUAAUCUCCUAUCGAUAUUUAAAAUUAGACAUACAUAUAGCAAAACUUUCUCACAAUCUUCAAUGAAGUAAUUCGAUUGCAUUUUCGUACCAUUCUCCAAACGUUAAUUAUCAUCAAGACACGAAUUGAACAUUUUAGUUAUCUAUAAAUUUUAAAGAUGCAAUACCUGAAAAGA